AUGUUGUUCAAGUUGCUGCUUACUUUGUAUCUCACAAGAAGCUCGCCAGCUUCGCCUCAAAGUUCCCUUUCCCGUUCUCGACGGAGCCUUGUCAGGUACGGAAACUUUAAACCAGACCUGUACAAAGUUUUACCUGCAACUGUUAUUAAAAAUCUCUUGGUGCAAAUAGAAAUCGACUGCGUUUUCCACUGCAUCGAAGAAGAAAGUUGUUACUCGGUAAACACUGGAACGUAUCUUACAGCAGAGAAAAUUUAUUUAUGUGAGCUGCUCGCCACAGACAAGUACAGAGCUACAGAAAAGCUCCAAGCAAACAUUUCCUAUCACCACUUCAGCCCUUGGGUGAGUCAAAUGAUAUACUGUACCUGUAGCUUGCUAUCUCAUUACCAGGGAGGGAGGACUAAAAAAAGUGUAUAUGCGCUGUCUUUAAAUGCGAUUCAUCACUUAACAACUAAGCUUUCGUGACUUUUUCAAAGCAUAAACUUCAUUUGUUUGCCCUUUUGGGUACUUACACCACUCCGAAAUGACAAAUUUGAGUAUCCUUUCAUACACUUCAACUAGUGGAAUUCCUUACCCCUUUCUGUCACGUCGGAGCCUUCACAUAUAGGCCAUUAUAAGAAGAGCGCCCUGAUGUCAUUGCUUCUAUUUGUGCAUCAAUAGGGGAAUCGCUAACUCUAGUCAGCAAUAAUUUAAAAUAUCUAUCUCAAUCAAAAUACAACAGAAAGGACUUUGUUGCAGUUACUUGAUUGCAUAGCUACAGCGAGAUAUACGGCACUUUUUCAAUCAUAUCUAACGCAGAAAUCAAUAUUAAUUAUCACUUUGGACUGUAAAGCGCAAAGGAAUAAAGUAAGGGUGUCUUUAAGUAAGAAAAAAUAUUUAAAGUUCUGAUCACCUAUAACCCGGCCCUCAGUCUCCGCCUACAGUGAAAAGAAGGCGAACUAUAUCGGCGAAGUAUAGCAGAGUCCCGAUUUCUCGAACCCUCAGUUUUCCGAAAUCCCUGAUAAUUUGAGCCGAAACCUAACUUCCCUUCUGCAGAACAGCACUAUUAUCUUACCCCCAAUUUGCUUAAACCUACCGAUAACUCGGAACAAAUUCCUUGGCUUGUGGUUCGAAAAGUUGGGAUUCCAUUCUAUGUUGGUCGAUAGAACGGAUAGACAUUAAAAUGAAUACAUUGAGAAUCGUGGAUGCUUUCAAAUGUUUCUAGUUCAAUACUACAAAUACAUUCUUCUACAAGCUUUACUUUCUAUAUGAGCUGGCGAAUGCGCGUACGUUGUCAACAUUAUAAUAUUAUAAAUCUGUUUUAUAAGAUAUUUCAAAUAAGUACCAGAGAAAGUUCGAGAUCUUUCGAAAAGAAAAUUUAGCCACUUUUAAAUAAGCCAUUCUGUGAAAUUUUUAAUACUAGAAAGCCGAUUGGCCAAAUGUUGUGUACGUUGCAUUGCAAUUAACCUUCUAAUUACAUUUAUUCAUUGCUUCAAUCAUGCUUUUUAGUCUCGUUGUGAGAGUGGUCCAUGCAAAAAUGACGGAAACUGUAUACCUGAUUUUGAACUGAACUCAUAUCGAUGUGAUUGCAAGCCAGGAUUUGCUGGGACACACUGUGAACGAACAGGUGAAAUUUUAUCUUUAUUGCAACCGAUUUGUUUGUCUAUGAGAAGCUAAAGUUUACAAGGUGUGCGUUAAAUCAGAGAAUACUUUCCAUAUUCCUGCAUCCUCAUACCUUUCAAACACACUUUGAGUAAACCCCUACUUGUGGGACACAGUCUUCACCCUUUUAGGAAUAUUGCAGUGAAUUCGUACCAGUUUUAAAAACAUCAUCAUCGUCAUCAUAUUCGUCAUCGUGUUUGCUCUUGUCCUACAGUAAAAAAAACCGAUAAUAUAAACGACACGAGAGACCUUUUUUUGUUAAAUACUUUCAGGUAAAAGCUGCAGUGAUAUAAAACUUUACAGCUCAAAAGCCAUGAGUGCUUCCUACAUAAUCGACCCUGAUGGAGAAGGAGGAAAUGAUUCUUUCACUGUGGAGUGUGACAUGACAGCUGAAAACGGAGUUGGCUUGACAGUCAUAAGCCACGACAGUGAAGCGAGAAUGCAGGUCAAUGGAUUCGAGGCACAUGGAAGUUACUCAAAGGAUGUUGUUUACUUUGGCGCAGGACUGCAUAGCCUGGCACAGCUUGCUGGACUCACUGCUGUUUCAGCCCACUGUGAGCAGUUUAUCAAGUACGAAUGCAAGAACUCUCUUCUUUUCUAUCCAGUUGAGAACCCGCACGGUUGGUGGGUGUCACGUGAUUCUACUGCGAUGACAAACUGGGGUGGAGCAACUUCCGCUGACCGCUACAAGUGCGCCUGUGGGUUAAGCAAUACUUGCGCUGACGUUAAUCGUGCGUGCAACUGCGAUAAAAACGACGAAGUGUGGCGCGAGGACAGUGGUCUGCUCACUGAGAAGACUUAUCUUCCGGUAAAGCAGUUAAGGUUUGGAGAUACUGGCUCUUCGAAUGAGGAAGGUUACCAUACGCUUGGUAAACUCAAAUGUUAUGGAAUCGUUUAA